GCGAGUUCGCUCCUCGGGGACGCUGCUGGCCUCACGUCCGUGGUGCCAGGCACGAGCUCGGGCAUCAUGUUCACCGUGUUCGCACAGGUGAUCGGCCUGACCGUGAGCGGAGCCGUGGUUGGGAUCAUCGGCUCGCACCCCGUGGCGACCGAGGCGAUCGCUUUCCUGGAGGGCAAGCCCGCGGGCGACGCCCAAUCGGCGGCGCAGCAGCGGGCGCAGCUUCGACUACCUCCGCCUCUCGCGCUCCGAGGCGCGGGAGGCCGAGGGCCCCUCCGACGACGACGACGAGCCCGCCUGACGCCCUGGCCGCCGCCGGCCGCGCCUCCGCGGCGCGCGCGC